AUGGUAUAUCAAGCUUCGCUAUUCGGCAUCAUGUCGAGCUCGAGUCUGGUGAUUGCCAUGUUGUCAUAUGUCGUAUUCUCUUUUCCAUUGGUUUUUGCUGAGGACCUGUGCUCCGUAGUUCCUUACUCUUAUACACAAGCAAUUACAGCUUACCCUGAGCUAUCGACUGCAUUGAAGACGUGUCCAGCUGACACCCGUCUCAGUAUCGUUGUUUAUGGCAUUCCUCAAAAAGACUGUUCGGGGGGAUUCUCAACAGCAGGAAGCGUGUCAAGCACGAGCAGUUACAAGGCUUUUCUCAAGGACCUUACUGAUGCCAUAGGUACUCGCAAGGUGCUUUACGUUGUCGAGCCCGAUGCUGUUGGUCUUUUGACUGAGGAGAAUGGAUGUGGUGUAUCUGCCGGAUACCUUGCAAACCUCAAGGUUGCGGUUUCAGCGCUGUCAGUGAAUCCCAACGCACAUCUAUAUCUUGACGUCGGGUAUUGGAUGUUGGCAUACACCAACCUUGCAGCAAAAGUUGCUGCUGCUAUGAUAGACAUUAAAAGAUCUGGACGUGUGAAGGGGAUAACUAUCAACACAUCAAACUAUCGCUCUAACGACGAGUGUGCUAGAUAUUGCACAAACUUUCAGACCGCAGUUGGGUCCACUGAAAUGUCCUGCAUUGUAGAUACGAGCCGUAACUACAAUGGCUCUCCUACGAAUGAUUGGUGUAACAUUCCUACUGCCGGUGUCGGCAAGCCACCAACGUCUAGCACUGGUUAUUCAAACCUGGACUACUAUAUGUGGAUUAAACCUCCCGGUGAAAGUGAUGGCUACUGCUGGGGUGGACAAUCAGCCGGCUCAUUUUUCUAUGGUGGGUUCAAGCUUCUAUGGGACCAAGGAUACUUUGUCAGGGAGCUAGGUAUGCCUAAAAUUGGGGAGACUGCUACCCCGGUUCCAACCGCCACAACUCCUGCACCGGUUCAGCACACUAAAGCUCCAACCACCACGGCUCCUUUCACUUCGCCUCCAACGUGGUCUUAUGCACCCGCUGCCUGCCAAGUGAGAAAACGUUUUUUUUGA